AUGGCCAACAGUCCAACGAGCGAUUCGAUCGAGACCGAGGAGCUGAUCCAGCUCGAGAUGACCAUCAGCAACGACGACGACGAGGCAGCAGCGAGCAAGGAGGCGGAGAAACCUGCCAAGCGACGCCCGCCGACCUUCGAGGCCGCAUUCAGCCAGGCCAGGUCGCUGCCCAACCACGCCAGGGUCAACUACGAGCAGGCACUCAUCAGCACCAACCACUCGGCCCGCCCAGACAGCCUCGUCCUCCUCCCAGCACCCUCCUCCGCCGAAAACACCGCCGAAAACAACCUCCACUCCCUCGAACGGCUCAUCCUCAACGAGCAGCUCCAUCCACUCGACCUCUCCCUCCACGACCCCGCUAGCAACUUCCUCACCAGCCUCGUUGACUCUGAACCAAGCGCAUCCUCAACCGAACUCGUCUUCAACCCAUCCAUCUCCUCCCCACCUCCCCAUCAUCCCCCACCUCAACAGCAGCACUCACUCUCAGGCUCGCCACCACCACAGCCACCAUCACCGCCCCCUCAACCGCUGCUCAGCCCCCCUGCAAGCCCGACGCCCUUCCCCGAGGAUCCCAACUCGAGUCCACCAGGCCUCUACGGCAGCAGCCCCCCCGCCGAACCCGAGAGCCCUUCGCCGAGCCCACCCGCACCCAAGCCAAUCUCCCCUCCGAAAAAAUCCGCACCACCGCCCCGUCCUCCGCCACUCAAGCUAUGUCUCCCCUCUCGCCCGCGUCGGCCAGCCAUCGAGACCUCGCAGACCCCAUACAACUCCCCGGCGGGUUCGAACCCAUCGACGCCGACGCUCAGCACCUCCAACCUCAGACCGAUCACCGACCAGCCGGCCAACGUACUCAAACGGACCAUCCAAGCAUCUUCCUCGUCCGCAACAAACCACCCCCCAGCCGCCAAGAAACAGAAAAUCAACCCCCUCUUCCUUAGCUCUAAUUCUUCCCACUCUUCGCCUGGCCCUAAAAUCGUCUCUGAAACCGAUAAGCUUAAAGUCUGGAAACGCAUACAUCUGCUGCGUGCUCAACGCGACCUCCACACUCAACGCACGCUUAGCUCGUCUUCGAAAUCCUCAGAGGAACUCGACCGGCUCGAGAAACUAGCGAAUACGACCCCGCUAUCGAGUGCGAUCGAAUUGAAGAACCAAGCCCAAGAAUAUGUCGACAUGAUCCAGAAGAUCCAAGAUGCACUAGGCGAAGAGCUUGUGCGAGUCCAGCUGGAAGAGAGCGUGCUCCGACAUGUCCGCGGAAUCAUUGCUGACCGACUGGUCAAGAACCAGGAGUGGAAUCAGCAACACUCCUAG